UAUUGCAGUCAGUCGACAAGCAGACUUUCUCCAAGUGGGAUCUUAAUUAACAUAUUCAAGUUCAAUUGUCAUUUUUUAUCAUUAUUAUGACACCAGUGAUCUUAAUUACUUAAAAUAUCAAAAAUAGAGAUCAGAUAUAAAAAAUUCAAAUCGUCUUGAAACAAAAUUUUAAAAAUCGCAUCAAAACUAUACGCUGUCUUUGGUACUUUAAUAAUUUAUAUUUGCAUACAUUAAAUAAUAAUUAUUGACUCGUAAACUUGGGUUAUCGAACUUUUAUCGUCUGACCACAAACGAAUGAUAAAAGUAGAUACGGACUCUCGAUUCAUGACACGAAGAGUCCAGUAUCGGUGAGUGUGAACACGCGACCUAGAUCAGUACAUUGAACUGAUCUUCUCUCUACAAAGUAGGUGUGAAUAUAAUAAUUCAUCUAUUAUAAUAUUAUAAAACACAAUAAAAUAGCCUACUUACUUGUUAAACCGUGAUAAAUAUAUCAGUAGAUAUAUCAAGAUAUUUUGAAAUUUAUUGAGCAACUUUAAGUGAAAGUUUUAGAUUCAAUACAAUUCAGUUUAUUGAUAUUUCCGAGUGGGUGUUGAUAACGCUAAUGAGUGAUUGAAGUGAUAAAACUUGUGUUUGAUUUGGAAAGGACUCAAAAAUUUGAAGGAAGUUCAGUAACUCGUUGAAGUUACGGAAGACAGUAUAAAGAUUAUCGGCAAACUGAAAGACAAGUUGGGGGUCCAAAAAAUUUCAGCUAUCAUGCGUAAAGUGAAGGAAGUGAUGAAAAGUAAAACUGUUAGCUGACUAGCAGAGUUAUUCCGCGUUCGAGCGGGAGUUAAAGAGACAAAUCAUCAAGGCGACAGUGAAGAUAAUCACCAGAACAAAGAUCGCAGGUGCUCAGUAAUGACUUUUGGCACGGCUUUUCACACCGACAAACCGGGUUUUGAUGAUCAUUCAGUCAUGCAUCGACCUAGUACGGUUUCAGGAGAGGAAGGAAUGUUAACCGGAAGUUUAGGAGCCAAAUUAAAAUGUUCGUCACCGAUAUCACGACUGAGAGUAGAAAAAAUCGAGGGUGGAUUGAUGGUUGCUGGCGUUGUUAUAGCAGCGAACUGUCAGAUUGCACUUCCUGCUUUCGGUUUUCUCUUCAUGUUUGUCGGAGCAGUUUUAACUGCUGCAUCUUACCGAGGUCCAGGCGAAGAUGAAGAUAAAGAUUCCUACGCAGCCAGAAUAGCAUUUACCGGGAAUUCACGAAUUUUAGGGCCAAUUUGCAUUGUCAUCGGUGCAUUGAUGCUAGGACUUGGUGUCUUGCUAUGCAUGCUAACGAGGCGUGCAAGAAAAAGGGAACGACGAGUGGGCUUCCAUUGUCCUUUGCAUGGCGACUUCUAUCCAUUAGGGCCUGUCAAGGGUGUAGGAAUCCUCGGAGGCAAGGAAGUUGGUCGAUGGCCGAAAAUUCCUUGUUUUAAAGGACGUUCAGACGCUAAAACAAUUAACAGUUUUAUGGGAUCGCAUAUGGGUCCACCACAAUGUCCACAUUCAGUUCUCAGUAGCACCAGAAGUUCUGUUAGUAGUUCACCAUUGAGUCCUUGUCCAACACCAAUGCCAUUUCUCGUGACGUCCGGGUCUGUAAGCAGUGGGAUGGUACAAAGCGUCGGAGCAAAUCUGUCGCCAGACCAGACUUUUGGAUCGAUCCGAUCUCUCUCGGUGACCCGAGAAGUAGCAAGCUUCCCACUAUCGAGAACACCAACACCACCGCCUCAACACAGGCCACCCACUUCAAAUACUGAAGAUUUGAUCGGAGUACAUAGUCCACUUCGUGAAUCUUCGCCUCGACCAGAAAUUCGAGUAGUAGCGCCGUCUCAUCGACCAAUAUCGGCCUUAGCAACAAAUUCAUCGUCCGGCAGUAUUCAAUCAAACCGUAAAUCUGUAAGCAUUUUACUUCCGGAAUAUAAUUCCUCUGGAUGACCCCAGCACGGCUUCGUCCAUCGCUGCGACGAGGCGCCGCUUUCCAUGUGAGCUCGAUAAUUUCCAAAACUGCCUUGCACUGCAUUAUCAGUUAUGGUUUAUAAAUAAAAGUCAAAAAUAAAUAACUUUACAUCUUAAGAUGAAAUAAAAACAAUCAUCACAAGUAUAAACAACAUGAGUGAUGAAUGAGAAACAUUACCACGCAAGAUUAUUUAUCUUCAUCACUAGCUAAGAGCAAUGCAAGUGAGAAGUGAAAAAUAAAACAAAGACUAGAUACAAACAAACAAGUGUAUGUCAAGAGAUAUUGAUAAAGGUCAUAAGUUAACAGCCCGACAUUUUUGUAAUUCUAUUCCUGACGUAAUAAGGUGGGUCAUGAUUAAGUUUAUAAACUGGAUUAAUGUUAUUAAUCUAAUAACACAGGACGUAUUAAAUUAUAUAUAUUAUAUAUUAAAUCAUAUUUCUGUUACCAUAUUACAUGGUAUUUUUAUUUAUAUUAUUGCGAUAAAUAAUCUGUCUAAUUGAUAGAAAUAUGAUCGAUUAAAUUUUAAAUGAAAUUGAAGGUUAAAAAUUAAAUUAAUAAUAAUAUUUAAAAAAAAGACAAAAAACAAAAAACUUGUAUUAUUUUUAUGCACAGAAAAAAAAAAAAUUUUUCUGUGUACUCAAAUUACAGUCUUACAUAUCGCAAAAGUCACAUGCUUCGCAAGCUGACAAUAAUCAGUCCAAUAAAAUUAUUUUCAAUUAUUGCUAUUGAUCUUUGGUAAUAGACAAGUUUAUAAAAAAUCAUUAGAAGAAUAUUUUUAAAUCAACGAUCAAUUUUUUUUCUUUUUACUUUGGUCAAUGAUUGCGAUUUUAAAAAAAAAAUAAUACGAAAUUUUAUUUGCUUUGGUGAAGACAAAUAUAAUCAUUCAGUUUAGAUAUUUCAUAACUUAUUGAAUUCUUAUGUAAAUAAAUUUAUACAGUUGAUAACUUUAUUGAAUACCAACGGAUAAUUGAAUUUUAUAAUGCUCUUUUUUAAUUAAAAAAACUUUUUUUAUUUUAAAAAUACUGACAUCAAAGUUUAAUUUAUUGUUGAGGUUUAAAAAAUUUUAUAGUUUAUUACGACGCUUAUUACAGUUACAAUCUUUAGUAUUUACAUAAAAAUAUGUUUGUAUAUAAAUAUACUGUUUAUUUACGUAAUUUUGCUUGAACGCCCUCAGGUAACUUUUAGUUUUUAAAAAUUUAAAUCACACAUACAGUUAGUUAUUAAAACAAUCGUUCACAAGAAGUUAAGAAUAAGUAAAAUAAAUUUUUUUAUCUUAAGAGCAUUCUUAGACAAUGUCCUUUUUUAUUUUUAAAUAAAAUGACUUUUAACUGUCAUAAUAUUCAAAUUUUAUUAAUUAAUUAGUAAAAAAAUUAAAAGCUUUAUUUAAAAAAGGACAAUUUCACCGAGAUAUAGAAUUUCUAAAGAAAUUACUUACAGUUGUCAUCAAUUAGGAGUCAGGCGUAAUUUGGUCAAGAAAUUAAAUCCUAAGAAAUUUGAAAAUUUGAAUUUUAAAGUUGACAUGAAGACUACGGAAAUUUAUUUACCAAACACUCAAUUGAUGUCAAUUGUAAUCAUUUUUUAAAAAUUUAUAUUUCUGCGAAGUUAAAUUUAACACUAAAUUUAUGUGUGUAACUAAAAAUACUUAAAAUAUUUGACAUUCAAAGUUUACUAUGUGACAAUCAGUAAUUUAUAAUAAAACGUAACAUUGACCAUAGAAAAAAGAAUGAAAUAAAUUGAAAUCGAUAUUAAUAUUUAUCUUUCUCAAUUAUCUAUUAAUUAUCCAAAUUUUGGAUAAAAGAUAAAAGCCCUAGUACUCGAUCACUUCAUAUAUUUGUAUAGAUAUAUUUAGUAAAUAUAGAUAUACAAAUACAUGAGUGAUCGAGUACUAGCUCUCUGAUCGGGGAGUGGGUUUCUUACUUUAUUGGCGCGAAUAAAUGAAAAAUGAAAUUUUGAAAUGAGUGAACUAAAAUUAGGGACGAUAGUGAUGAUGAUAAUAAAGACAAAUAAAUUAUUUUAUUACUAAGGUAUUUUUAUUUUAAAAAUGCUUGAUGUAAUCUAACACAAGAAUUUUCAUUAAUUAUCACUAUAAAUUUAUUUAAAAUGAUAAUUUGUUAAUCUCAUUUGUAAUUAAUUUAAGUUACUUUUAAGCUACUCCAUAUUUUGUAUUAUGCUUAUUUUUUCUGUCUGUUCGUUUAAUCACAAUUAUUGAAUAUUAUAUAUAAAUAAUUAAUUAAUUAGUUAAAGAAAAAAAAUUAGACUAAUAGACUCAUGAAAGAAAUUACAAUUAAAGUGACAACGAUCAGACAGAUGAAAAAUUGUAAUCGAUAAGAGUCUAGUCUUGUAUAUAAUUAGUUAAGCAAGGUGAUAAACAAACAACGUGAUUUGAUAAAGUAGGUUUCAAAUUUAAUCUUUCGUCCGUCGCACCCGAGGGAAUCUCGCUUUUUUUUUUAAUGAUAAAUUUAUAAAAAUUAAUCAUUACUUUCCUAAACUGAUUCAGUAAUUCAUGUAUUAAUUAAUGUCAUUAAUCAAUAUAAAAAUUUUGAAAUCACUUUUUCAUAUUUAUACAAAAUAUAAAAUCCAAAAGCGCGCACCUCAAUCGCCCAUUUUAUUUUUAAUCAUUCUAUUUUAUUUUUUAUAAAUAUCCCGCCUUUUUGUCUUAGAUGUCGCUCUUUUUUUACUGCAACAAUUACACUAGUGCUGCCACCAGUAGUUGGAAAGAAAAAAAGAAAAAAUAAUAAUAGUAAAAAAAAUGGCAGCUAAAUUUUUCGUGAGUAAUCAGUUUUAUGUUUUUUAUUAAUUGCAAUUAAACUAAAAAGAUUUGAAUAGAGAUUUUUUAUAGGGUUGUUGUGAUAACAAACACAAAGGUAAUGAAAAAAAAUUAGGCCGAUUAAUUGUGUCUAUUAAUAGUUAUCGUGUUUAUGAAGUUUCAUUCCCGACAUUACUCGUGUAUAGGAUUUAAAUAUGAAAUGUAAUUAAAAAAUUAAUAAUCUGAUCUAAAUUAGCAAAAUUUUGAAAUUGAUAUGGCAAAAUUGCACUGAAAUUAACAGUCCGGUGAUUCUCUAAAAGGAUACGAUGGACGAAAGGUUAAAAGACGAGAAUGUGUCGAAGUUUAUAAAAUAAUAACUAGUACUGAAUAAAAGGGUCAUACAGUCAAAUCCGUCCGAUUUUUUAAAUAAGUAUCGAGAGUUAGUUUAUUUAUAUUUUAUUUUUCUUUAAGUAAUUUUUAUACAUAGUAUAAAUUAUUUGUUUCGCUGAUAAAUUAGACAUAUAUUAUUAUUAUUAAUAAGAAAGUUUAAUUAAUUGUUAUCGAGAUUAAUUAAGUAAAAUUGAUGGUAAAUUUUUGAAUUAAUUUCCUGAUAAAUUUUUAUAAAAUUUAGUUAAAAAAAAAAAUAAUAAAAUUUAAAUAUUUAAAUUUGUUAAAGGUGAUAUUUUUUAAUCAACAGUGAUAAGUGUAUGUAUAAUUAGGACAUAGAAAUUAAAAAUACGAUGGACAGAAAAUUUAAAAAAAUUAUAUUAAUGUUGAUUAUUAAAAUUUUGUGAAAGCUAUUAUUUUAUUUUUAAUUAUUUAAAAAAAAAAUAUCAAAGCUCAAUAAAUUUAAAGUUUACGGGAAUGAAUUUUUAAAAAUUUACAAAAAAAUUUGAAAAACUUAAUUUGUAUAAAAUUUUAAAUAAUUAAAAAUUAACAAAUUAAUUUAACGAGUUUGAAAAACUUGAACUAUGACUCAGUUUAGAAAAAAUACUCUCGAUACUCUUGACAAAAUGAAAUACGAUGGAUUUGAUAGAUGAAAAUAAAAUAAAAAAUGUAAGAAGGAAAAAUGAUAAUAUCGGAAUUUAUUAGACAAUAUCUAAUACGAGUUUAUUAAGUAAUUUUACCAAUAUUCAUACGUAGCUCAAUCUAUAGUAAUUAAUUAAAUUUAAUUAAAAAUAUAUAGACAUAAUUAAGGGAAAAAAUGAACAGUAAAACGACUAACUGACAGCGAUCGUAAUAAAACUGAACUAUGAAUUUAUUGGAAGAUUGAUUGGAUGGAAUAAAAAAAAAGCGUGUGCCAAAAUACGCCGAUGCUGUUAGAAAAAGUAAUAAAAUAAUUCCCAUAGGAAGUUGAUUUAAAAUUAAUAACAUCUCUUGGGUAAUCAAAAAAUCAAGCCUACAGUUUUGUAAGCGAAUGAGAGCUUUUAUUGCUAAUUAUUACUUUGCCUUCGAUAUUAUAAAUAUAAUUAUGUUAUUACUUUUAUUUCAUUUUAAACUAAAUUGUAUAUUCAUUAUUUUUUAAUCAUCGAGACUAUAAUUUAAUCACAUUAGGCUAUUAAUUAUCGUUUUUAUUAUUUUGUACUAUAUUUGAAUAAAACAACAAUUAAAUUUUA